UCCGCUCUCCCUGACGCGCGCUGGAGCUGUCUGAACACUCUGGCGGGAGACAACGCUACUCGUAUUGUUGUAUUGUCAGUAGAAGUGACGGGUAUCGUGAAAUCAUAGGUGUUUUACGUCUGUACGUUACUUUAGGUCAUAUUUUGAAUUCUUUCUCCUUUUAAUUUGAGAGGAGAGACAGCUUAGACUUCUCUAUUCUCCUGCUUUAACAGUAUAAUAUAUGGUGUCGGGCUAAAAGCUCGCCAGUUAAGAAGUGAAACCAAACCUUCUGAGAGUUUUACUAGAAACGUCUGUUGAGUAUUUGAACUUGUUCUCGGCUUAUCGGCCUUGCGUUGUUUUGGGGUAAAUUUCCGUGUUACUUCUGACACGCUAGCGCUAUGGCAAAAGUGCAAGUGCUAAAUGUAGGUGUCCUGGACAACCCGAGUCCAUUUGGAAACCCGUUUCAGUUCGAAGUAACGUUUGAGUGCAUGGAGGAUCUUCCCGAGGAUCUUGAAUGGAAGAUUAUUUACGUGGGCUCAGCAGAAAGUGAAGAGCAUGAUCAGACUCUUGACUCUGUCCUGGUUGGUCCAGUUCCUGCAGGCCGACAUAUGUUCGUGUUUCAGGCAGAUGCCCCAAACCCUGCCCUAAUACCUGAGAGUGAUGCUGUGGGUGUCACUGUUGUUCUGAUCACAUGCACAUACAGAGGACAGGAGUUCAUACGCAUUGGCUACUACGUUAACAAUGAGUACACGGACACUGAGCUUCGUGAGAAUCCACCCCUCAAACCUGAUUAUGGACAGCUCCAGAGGAACAUUCUGGCUUCCAACCCACGUGUAACCAGAUUUCACAUAAACUGGGAGGGAUGUGCUGAGAAAAUGGAGGAUUCAGAGAAUGUGGACCCUGCACCCAAUGCCAUGCUGCCCCCAUCCUGCACUCCGGGAAAAGCACCUCCACUCGGCCUGGUGCCAGACAACUCCAUGGACUGUUUGUAGUGACGCAGGCUCCUGUGAAUAAUCCUCACAUCUCAAGGCUCAUCCGUGAGCUCAGGUCAAUCUGGACACUGUGGAGGAGAGGCGGGAUCAUUCAAACACAUUAGAAAUACAAAUCAAUCUAAUUGUCUUACAGUCUUCACACCUAUUCGAAACAAAUCAGUGGUGAGCAUGAUAAUGCCAAAUCCUUUGGUAUGCAAUAAACAUGUUUGCUUUUCGGUUCGAAACAUGAACGGAGAGCUGGUGAGUCAUGAAUCUAAGACAUGAUUCGGGUAUUAUAGGAUGUGAUGCAUCUAAUGCCAUCAGCCUUUUGAUCCACAACCAAUCCUUCCUCAGACCGAAAGGGGAUGGAAAAUCAGCUCAACAGAUAAGAUGUCAAUGCAUUAUUCAUUUAACAUACGCCAUAAGAAAAACUUGUGCAAAAGGUUGCAGCGGACAAUAUUUUUGUAGGUGGGACUGUAUUAUAUUGUGUAUAUGUUUUUUUUUAAUAUCAUGAAAUGAAAUAAAUGUUUUGUUACGUGA